UGUCGGCUCGGUCAUGUGAUCAGCUGUGUCCAAUCACAGCUGAUCACAUAUAAACAGGGAAAUGCCAGUAAUCAGCAUUCCUUGCAGGGGACAUAUACACUGAUCAUCAGAGCACUGAUGAUCACCCCAGCAGUGCCACCUGUCCAUGUCCAUCAGUGCCAGCUGUCAGUGCUCAUCCAUGCCACCUGCCAGUGCCCAUCAGUGCCAUAUCAAUGCCACAUAUCAGUGCCUACCAGUGCACAUCAAUGCCACAUAUCAGUGCCCAUCUGAGCUGCCUUUCAGUGUCACCCAUCAGUGCCAGUCAGUGCCACCUAUCAGUGCUGCCAGUCAGUGCCACCUAUCAGUGCUGCCAGUCAGUGCCACCUAUCAGUGCCGCCUAACAGUGCCAGUCAUUGCCACCUAACAGUGCCAGUCAGUGCUGCCUAUCAGUGUCAGUCAGUGCCACCUAUCAGUGCC